AUCCGACUCGAGCGCUGACGGUCUGUCACAUUUCACGCUGACACCAAGCGAACACUGAGAGCUCCGACACACAUACACACGCGCUGUAAUAUCGACAGAUUGGAGUCAGGAGUACAAGUCUGUGAGAUCACAUUGCAGUGUCUAAACUCUGACAAGCUUCCUCUGUGAGCGCAGCCGGUCGAAAAGGCAGAAAAGAGGAAACCGAGGAAAUCCCCCAAAAGGAAAUGCCAAUCGCAGCCACUGGCCAGCCGACGACUCAAGAGCCCAGAGUGUGCCCCCGGCUGCCCUCCACCCCAGAGCCGGUCCCUAAAGGGGCUGAUCUAUUCGAAGAGGCGGGGGCGGUCGAGUCGGCGGAGCGAACAUUGUACGGGGGCGCAGAGGGGGGCAGAGGAGUCGGGUACUAUAGUUACAGCCACAGUGGCAUUCGAAGCUUACAGCCCGCAUCCGCCAACAGCUCUCCGCCGCAGUCCUUAUCCGCGUCCCCCUCUGUUCUCCUCCACCCCCUCCACAGCCACCAAAUGGCAAUGGAGCCCCCCAGGACUCGAUCACGUUCCCGGUCUGGAUAUUACCAGCAUUAUAAUGGGGGGAGUGGAAUUACUGGCAGCGGAGUAAUAGGAACUAACCAGCAGCAUCCCCAACAGCAGCAUCUUCAGCAACUGCAGCAGCAUGGUGCUGGUGGUUGCGCUCCCUUUGGGGCUCACAGCAGCCAAGCAGAGAACCAGCAGAGAACCCCGGGAGGUAACGCUUCCCCGGGCAUCCAGAGGCUCCCCCCCGUUCCUGGCGUCCUCCGCAUCCCAACCGAAGGAGCCUCAGGUGGGUCUUACCAUUGCCACCCAGACCAUGCAUAUGGGGAGAAUGACAAGAGUGAGGAAAGCCCCAGUCCAAAGCGCCAGAGGCUGUCCGGUCAUGCUGUCUUGGAACAGCUAACUUCUUCCACCCCAUCGUCAUCCACCCCUUCUCCCCCCAUUCGCCCUUGGGAGUUGGGACCUCCAAGCAGGAGACAGUCUCAUCCCCAUGCACAUUACCACCAAGAAAGAUCCAUCACACCCGCUCGCCACAGACGCAGCCCCCCGGUUAGGCGUCAGCGUGGUCGCCUCUCCAGACCUGCUCGCCACUUGCCUCCCCAUCAUCACCCCUUGACUGAAGGCCCCGCACUCCACCCGUCGCCAUCGGAGCGCCAGGAUGAAAACUUCCACCGCAACCCGCAUUCCUCAACGCACCAGAUAUACCCAGCCCACACCUACAGUCAACCCCCCACACAUGGAAGUGGGGGAUCAGAGGAUCCCCGAGCUUUCCAUCCCCCCACCUUGUCCCCCCGACUACUGCACCCAGCUGCACAUCACCACCAUCACCAUCAGCAGCAACAGCAUCAUGCAGCGUCGCAGCAAGGGGCCAUGGUCAUGGACUUGCAUGAACAGCUUCAGCAGAGCAGCGUACCAGUCUCCUACACUGUGACCCCAGUCGCACCUCAUGGCCUCGCAGCACCGCUGUGUAACGGUCAACACCUUCCCCCCAGCUGCUCCUCACAACAACAAGUUCCUGCCUGCAGUGUGGUAUUCAGUACUGGACAACACUACCACCCGAUGCUGCAGGCAUGUUCAAUGCAACAUUUGCCAGUGCCAUAUGCCUUUCCCUCUCUGCUGUCCAGUGACCCUCAGUUCCUUCUUUCCCCUCCACCCCAUCUCGCUCAUCACCCGCCACACCUCCACGCCCACAGCCAGUUCCUGCCAUUUCAAACACAACAGCCACGAUCGCCUUUACAGAGGAUUGAAAAUGAGGUUGAACUUCUAGGAGAGCAGCUCUCACUCGGUGGAGGCUUUGGCUAUGGCCAUCACCACCAUCACCAUCACCACCAGCCUCCCUCCACACUUCCGUCCUCCACACCACUCCAGUUUCUUUCACACCAUGAACCCCUGUCACAAGAGCUCUUCACAGUGCCCUAUCCCCACUUCAUGCCACGGCGAUUCACCAGCCGGCGCUACCCCGCUCGUUCCCAACAGGCUGUGCCCCCUUCAAGCUACCACCCGAGCUUCCUCCCUUACUUCCUGUCCAUGCUCCCCGUCCCACAAAAUGUAGCUCCCGCCAUCAGUCUGGAGCUUGAUGUCGAUGACGGAGAGGUGGAGAACUAUGAGGCCUUGCUGAACCUUGCAGAGCGUCUCGGAGAGGCCAAGCCCCGUGGCCUAACUAAGGCAGAUAUAGAACAGCUCCCAUCGUACAGGUUCAACCCCAACAACCAUCAGUCUGAGCAAACGCUGUGUGUGGUCUGCAUGUGUGACUUUGAGUCCCGCCAGCUUUUAAGGGUUCUGCCCUGCAAUCAUGAAUUCCAUGCCAAGUGUGUAGACAAGUGGCUUAAGGCUAAUCGAACCUGUCCUAUCUGUCGAGCUGAUGCAUCCGAGGUCCAGCGAGACUCUGAGUGACUCCCUGAUUUUUUUUCGUUUUUUUUUUCAUUUUCGAUAUGCCAGGCUAAUGGUGAUCCUUGCUCCAGUCAUCACGCACAUAAAUGGGACCAGUAUUCCUUCAGCGCACAUCCAAAAGGACUAUUAACAAUACACUUUUCUACAUAUUGCUUCAAAUUAGGAAUAAUAAGACCCUCACACUGGUCUGCCUUCUGUGCACUCUUUACUAAAAAUGGCCUUUGAAACAUGCACAGCAAAGACAUUGCAUUAGUAGAAAACAAAGUUCUGUAUACUUGUAGUAACAAACUUUGCGGGAGGAAUUGCAGUCCAAAGAUUUUGUUGUUGCUGUUCUAGUGGAAUGUUCUGUAAGUAUUUCCAUCUUUAAUAGCACAGACUGUCCUCUCGGCUCAUUGCAAUUGGCAUCGUCUGUUCAUUUUCAUUUCUGUAUGUGUAUUUUAGCAUUCCUCCAUGUGAGAUCAGCCUGUAUGGGGUGGAAAAAUAUAUUGUACACUGUGAUUUAACCCUGGAGACACCGACUUUGGAACAUCAUAUAAUAAUAUACUUUUGCUCUGUAA